AUGCACUCCACAUUAUUCCUAUCAUAUUUAUGUUUUAUUCACUUUAUCUCUGCAAAAAGCGAGAUGCUAAUGGCAUCUGGUGAUUCCGGACAAAUAGAAGAAACCGCCGAAUGCGUCUUAAAAUUAUCCGCCAAAUAUUUUGUUGAGAAAAAAGCUCUUAGUGGAAGUAUCGUCAUUAUCAACAUCAACUCUUAUACCUCAACCACACAGAUGCUAUUAUUGCGCACCAUCCACAGUGGCAUUAAAUAUUCCGCUGUUAUCUCCGAACCUUACGUCAUGCCGCCGGUCCGCCAGUUGACAAACAGUCCAUACCCGGAUGCUUACGAAUUCCAAAAAGGCGGUGAAAUCAAUCUAGUGAAACUGAUCAGCGAGUUCACAAACAUGAGCUUGAUUGUGAGAAUAUCUGAUGUACCGGAAAAUUGGGGUCUCAUUUACCCGAACGGGACGGCGACGGGUGCUUAUGGAAUCCUACGGAACGACUCGGUUGAUUUGGUGAUCGGUGACAUAGAAGUCACGAGGACCAUCCGCAAGUGGUUUCAUCCGACCGUGAGCUACACGCAGGACGAGAUGACAUGGUGCGUACCCAAAUCUGCUCAAGCGUCAACCUGGAACAAUUUGGUGAUCAUAUUUCAAUGGACAACUUGGGUGGCAACGCUGCUGAGCAUAGUUGUAAUGGGAAUAAUUUUUCAUUAUAUUUAUUAUAGAGAGAAUGAUAGAAAAGUAACAAAACUACCUACUAAUUCAUUGCUUUAUACGUUUAGUAUGAUACUAGGUUGGGGCGCAUCGUUUAAACCAAAAACAGCUACGUUCCGGAUCUUAAUCUUCGCUUGGCUAUUCUUCGGCAUGAUCAUGAGUAUAUCUUACGAGUCGUUUCUGAGAACUUUUCUAAUGCAUCCGCGAUACGAGAAGCAGAUAAGCUCCGAGACUGAUAUCAUCCAGUCCGGCAUUCCUUUGGGAGGCAGAGCGAUCUACAGAUCCUAUUUUGAGACUAAUAACGCGAGUUCGUUUUACUUGUAUCGCAAAUACAUCUCGACGAGUUUCUCUGAAGGGAUUAAACGGGCUGCUUUGGAAAGGAAUUUUGCCGUUGUGGCCUCGCGUCGUCAGGCGGAAUACCAGGAUCAGAAACUAGGCAAAGGGGAGCCGCUCUUAUAUUGUUUUAAAGAGGGUAACAAUCUUUAUAAAUACGGUGUAGUGUUACUUGCACGGCGUUGGUUUCCUAUGUUGGAGCGCUUCAACAAUAUUAUACGUAGUGUAUCCGAAAAUGGGCUAAUAGAUAAAUGGAAUCAAGAAUUGUUUAUUCACACUGUAGGUGUGGAUAGUACGAGUAAAGUAGUGCCGUUGGGUAUUCGGCAUUUAUUGGGCGCCUUCAUGUUUAUAGGUAUAAUGUACAUGGCUAGUAUUUUGGUGUUUGUGGGGGAGUUGGUUUUGAAUGUUUCAAGGAAACGUAGAGGUAAUAAACCGAAAGCUAUGCCUGUGUAUAGAGUGAAUGUGAUUAAGGGUGGUAAUAAAAACAAAUUAGAGUGGUCAGACUAUGAUGGUGGGUCUGAUUUGUUUUCCUAG